GCUUUCCACCUCCGGUGUAAACAAAGAUGGAGUCGCCUGCACAUGACAAGCCUAAGAAACACAAGAAACAUAGUAAAAAACACAAACAAAGACGCCAUUCAGACAACGAUGCCUCCACAGAGGACAGAUACAGUGACAGAAGAAACGGCAAGGGUGGGCGAAAGUCCAGAGAUGAGCGUGGAAAGGAGUCAUCUUCCUCAUGUUAUCACAAAGAAGGCUGGAAAACUGACCGCAGAGAUGUGGAAACUGACCGCAGAGAUGUGGAAACUGACCGCAGGGAAAGUGACCGAAGAGAUGUGGAAAGUGACCGCAGAGAUGUGGAAAGUGACCGCAGGGAAAGUGACCGCAGAAAUGUGGAAACUGACCGCAGGGAAACUGACCUCAGAGAUGUGGAAACUGACCGCAGAGAUGUGGAAACUCGUCAUGGAGAGGAUGAUGUGGAUUAUGGCUUCAAUUUUCAUGAUUAUAAAUCAUCUCUUAAUAAAAUAUUUUUUAGGGAGGACAGCUUCUUGAAAAGGGGAACUACAGAAUAUGAUGACUUCUGGAAUUUUUUGAAAAAAUUUCAAAAUUUUCAGAGGAAAAAGAUUGAGUCAGGAAAAGAUUCAGCUAAAAAGGGGGAGGAGUGUAGUGAGGGUAAACUUGGAUUUCCACUUCAUUAUGAUAGAAGAUACAGAGUAAACAUUGGAAUUAUCAGCAAAAAUGUGGAGGAUUAUUUACGGAGAGGAAAGCUUGCUGAUUGUGAGAUUGAGGAGGAAUUGACCGUAGAUCGAGUUCGACAAUUCAAGCACAUCUUGUUAUACUAUCUUGAUUUUCUACAAAAACAAAAGUUCAACAAACUGAAAAAGAUUCGGUCAGAUCAGGAGAAUCUGCCAAUUUUCCAGUACCGACAGAUGAUUUUAGACAAAUUACAACAAAAUCAAAUUGUGGUGGUAGCAGGAGACACAGGUUGUGGAAAAUCCACACAGGUCCCCCAGUACUUGUUAUCAGCGGGGUACACUGGGAUAGCCUGUACACAACCUCGACGCAUUGCCUGCAUCUCGCUGUCCAAGAGAGUGGGGUACGAGACGCUGAACGAAUAUGGAUCAGAAGUGGCCUACCAGGUUAGAUUUGAAAAGACAAAAACAAGGUUUACCAGAAUACUAUUUUUGACAGAAGGACUCUUACUGAGGCAGAUAACUACCGACCCUCAUCUGAAACAGUACAAUGUGAUUGUUAUUGAUGAAGUGCAUGAGAGACACAUCCACACUGACUUCCUGCUGGGGGUGAUGAAAUGCUUGCUGCAACAUCGAAAGGAUCUCAAACUUGUGUUGAUGUCUGCCACCAUCAACAUCAACCUCUUCAGCAACUACUUUGAUGGGGCACCAGUUGUCAAGGUUCCUGGAAGGCUAUAUCCAAUUCAACUAGAGUAUAUUCCAAUCAGGAAAGAGGAAUUCCGGUCGAAAUCGGAACGACUGGACCCCUCCCCAUACCUCCGCCUAAUGCAGACCAUAGACACCAAGUACCCCAUCACUGAGCGAGGGGAUCUGCUGAUUUUCUUGAGUGGGAUGUCAGAGAUAAUGGCGGUGGUGGAGGCAGCCAAGAUGUAUGCACAGAACACAAAGAGGUGGAUCGUAAUGCCAUUACACGGGACUCUGUCUGUAGAUGAACAGGACAAGGUGUUUGAUUUCCCACCAGAGGGAGUUAGGAAGUGUAUAGUCGCCACCAAUAUUGCGGAGACAUCGGUGACCAUUGAUGGAGUGCGUUUCAUCAUUGACUCGGGAAAGGUAAAAGAAAUGACCUUUGACCCUAAGUAUAAGAUGCAGAGACUACAGGAAUUUUGGAUCAGUCAGGCGAGCGCUGAGCAGAGGAAAGGCAGAGCAGGUCGAACAGGUCCAGGACUGUGCUACAGGUUAUAUGAGGAGUCUGACUUUCAUUCAUUCCAGGACUAUGCUACACCAGAGAUUCAGAGAGUACCAUUAGACUCCCUUGUCUUACAGAUGAUAUCUAUGGGUCUCCCAGAUGUUAGAAAGUUUCCUUUUCUUGAAGAGCCAGAGAUGAGCAGUUUAGAAAAUGCUGUACAUUAUUUGAAAGAGCAGAGUGCUUUAACUGAAGAUGAAAGGUUAACUCCCAUUGGUCAGAUGUUGGCACGCCUACCAGUGGAUGUCAUCAUUGGGAAGAUGCUGAUCAUGGGAUCAAUAUUUCAUAUGAUAGAUCCUGUGUUAUCUAUAGCGGCCGCCAUGAGUGUUCAGUCUCCCUUCACCAGCAGAGCUCACGCAGACCAUGAUGCAAUGGCAGCUAGAAAACCACUAGAAUCAGAGCAUGGGGACCCCUUCACUCUACUGAAUGCUUUUGAUGAGUGGAUACAGGUGAAAGGAAAGGGAAUUGCCACCAGGAAAUGGUGCCGGCGACGAUGUUUGGAGGAACAGCGGUUCUACGAUAUGAUGAAAUUGAAGAGACAGUUUCGAGAUCUUUUGGAGGAUCAUAAUUUACUGCGAAAAGGUGAAAGAGGUGAAGAUUUUACGACCAGCGACGAGAGACGACGUAAGCACGGGGACAGGAAACGUCUCGGAGAACUAAAGAAGGAGAAAAACAGGGAGGCCAAGAAAAGGAAAGUCCUCAAACUGGAAGAUGAUGAUAUUGUCAUCAGCGAUGAAGAAGAAGAAGAUCAAGGAGAUGAUAUUAAGGAUCUAGAAUUUCGUUUGUCUCACAACCUGUCUAAAUUACAGGAAACCUCCAACAAGAACCGCUCUUUUACGCUGAGAGAGAUCAAUCUGUUGAAGAUCAUCUUGUGUAGCGGACUUUAUCCACACGUCGCACUGGCUGAUGAAAAUAACUCCUACAAAUCGGAGUCUGAACAGGCCUUUCAUACCAAGAUAAAACCUUUCCUACUUCUCCACCCCACCAGUAUUUUUACGUAUCAGCCAGAGCUGCUGAAAUCUACUGAAAUGAAACACGAUUCCAAAUGUCCCUCAGAAUUACAGGGGAAACUCAGUUAUCACCAUCAACUGUUGGCUUAUGUGUCCCUGUUAGAGACCAACAAGCCUUACUUAAUCAACACCAUGCGGGUCCCAGCUCUUCAGACGGUCACCAUGUUUUCUAACUUCAUAGACACAGAUGCAGCAUGCAUGAGACUUGUGUGUGAUAGUUGGCUAGAAAUCAAGUUUUCCGACGAGGAAGAAGCGUCCAACACCCUCUCCAAUGUGAUACAAUUGCGGGCCACAUGGCAGAACUUACUCAAGCUUAGACUGGAAGAUACAUUAAAAAGUUUGGAUGAGGACAAGAAGAUAAACCCUCGAGCGCGAAAGCUGGAGAAAAUUUUGGCUCAGAAGCUCACAGAGUUCCUGUCCUGUGAAGUUUGCUAUGCGAUCCGUCGUGUAAUGGCUGCGGAGCAGAGCCAUCUGUAUCGGGGGCCAGACCAAGAUUGUGGAGGGAAAAAUAAAAUUCUGAACGAUGUCCUGAAAUCUGGCUCUGAAAGACGAGUACAUCCAAGUAAAGGCGGAAUCCAGAUUAACGAGUACCUCACCUAUAACUGUUUGCUGGAUGAGUCAGAGGCGAGUUUAUGGGGAGAGUACACCAGCCAUAUGCAGAGACACUGGGUCUGUCCUCGCUGUCAAGCCAAUCUCAUUGUAUCCGUCCAGGAAAGGCUCGAGCACGAGAGCGAGUGCCAGAGUAGGAACCUUGAGCCUACUCAGCAGGAAGAAGCUCAAGAGAUUGAGGAUGAAAAACAGGCUCAAAUGAACCCGCUCAGAAAACAUUACUUCUGUGAGAAAUGUGACCGAGGCUUCAGGUUCACCACAACAGAAAUAUUGAAACACAAGAAAUCUCAUGUUACCUGACAAAGUCAAAUAAAAUCCUUACUUUUC